AUGAGCUCAAAGGCUGUUAAAGAGGACAAGGUGAAGCUGAACAAGUUUAGCUCCGUCUUGACUGAACACAAGUCCCGGGGAGCGGCCCAAGCGAUGUUGUACGCCACCGGUAUCAACGAGGAGGACCUGACCAAGCCGCAAGUCGGGAUUGCUAGCAUGUGGUGGGAAGGCAAUCCUUGCAACAUGCAUCUCCUGGAUCUUGCGAACGAGAUCAAGACUGGUGUCCAACAAGCUGGCAUGGUUGGGUAUCGCUUCAACACGGUUGGUGUCAGCGACGUCAUUGCUCAAGGCACGGCUGGUAUGUCGUAUAGCUUGCCCUCGCGAGACUUGAUCGCCGAUUCGAUCGAGACUGUGAUGGGCGCUCAGUGGUACGAUGCCAAUAUCCUCGUUCCUGGUUGCGACAAGAACAUGCCUGGUUGUCUCAUCGCCAUGGCGCGCCACAACCGUCCGUCGCUGAUCGUGUACGGUGGCACCAUUCGCGCCGGUUGCCGCAAUGGCCAAACGAUUGACGCGCUCUCUGCGUUUGAAGGCUACGGCGAGUACUUGGCCAACCGGAUCACGGACGACGACCGCAAGGACAUCAUUCGCAAGGCAUGUCCUGGCCCUGGUGCGUGCGGUGGCAUGUACACCGCCAAUACCAUGGCGACGGCCAUCGAAGUGUUGGGGUUGAGUCUGCCGUACUCGUCAAGCUCGCCUGCCGAAUCCAAGCAAAAAUUGCAAGAAUGCCAUGAUGCGGGCAAGGCCAUUCGGUACCUUAUGGAAAACGACAUCAAGCCCCGCGACAUUCUCACCCGCGAAGCGUUCAAAAACGCCAUUGCAGUGACGAUGGCUCUGGGCGGGUCGACCAACGCCGUACUGCACUUUCUCGCGAUCGCCCGCGCCGCCGGCGUAUCCUUGACGCUGGAUGACUUUGCCCUCAUUGCCGACCGCACUCCGUACAUUGCGGACCUCAAGCCCAGCGGUAAAUACGUCAUGGAGGACUUGCACAACGUCGGCGGCGUCCCUGCUGUCAUCAAGUACUUGAUUGAAAAGGACGUCCUGAACGGCGACUGCUUGACGGUGACGGGCAAGUCGUUGGCUGAGAACGUGGCAAACCUCCCGAGCUUGUCCGACAACGGCCGCAUCAUCCACUCGGUAGAGAAGCCGCUCAAGGAAACGGGGCACAUUCGCAUUCUGCGCGGAAACGUCGCGCCGGAAGGUGCCGUCGCCAAGAUCACGGGCAUGGAAGGGCUGCACUUCAAGGGCAUUGCGCGCGUGUACGAUUGUGAAGAAGACAUGUUGAAGGCGCUAGAAGAUGGUGAAAUUACCAAGGGAAGUGUGAUUGUAAUCCGCUAUGAAGGCCCCAAGGGCGGCCCCGGCAUGCCUGAAAUGUUGACGUGCACGUCGGCGAUCUUUGGCGCGGGGUUGGCCAAGGAUGUUGCGAUGAUCACGGAUGGCCGCUUCUCUGGUGGCUCCCAUGGAUUUAUCAUUGGUCACAUCACACCGGAAGCCCAAGUCGGGGGCCCCAUCGCGUUGCUCGAGUCGGGAGAUGUCGUCACGAUCGACGCAGUGAACAACCGCGUCGAUGUCGACUUGACCGAGGCCCAGCUCCAGGAACGCGCGAGCAACUGGCGCGCGCCGCCGCUCAAGGCCACCCGCGGUGCCUUGUACAAGUACAUUCAAAGCGUGUCGUCUGCGUCGCUGGGCUGUGUCACGGACGAAUAAAGAGCGUUCGCCCACAAACUAUCAAUUCGAAUUGUCGUCGAUGCGACCGA